UUGUUCAGCAACUUGUUUGUCUGCUUUACUAAAAACUAAUAGAUCGAGGCAGCUUCCAGAGUACAAGAUGUGAAGCUAGAUGUUCACUGCAUUCUGUGAGGUUUCCCAAAGCUGCUCUGACCCAGCGAUGGACCUCAAGCGAGUGAAGGAUUACAUCUAUUGGCUGUAUUACCAGUAUCUCCUGAUCUCCUGCAGUUAUGUCCUUGAGCCCUGGGAACAAUCCAUGUUCAAUACAGUCAUAAUCACGGUGGUCGGCAUGGUGGUGUACACUGCUUACGUCUUCAUUCCCAUCCACGUCCGCCUGGCUUUUGAGUUCUUCUCACAGAUGUUUGGAAGCCAACCCGAAAGUACUGCUUCGCUCAUGAACUGAACCUGCCAGCACCAAAAGCAACUUUUGCAUCCCGUUAAAAAAAAAUUUUUUAGUCUUCCUCAUCUUUUUCUCCUUUACUAUGUGUGGGAAGCCAUUCUGAAAGACACACAUGUGGUCCACAGAUGCCACUUCCACUUAACCAAUAGGGGCUAUCUUUGGCCUGCCUGUGGGCUGGCUAGUUCUCCUUGAAAUGCAGCGACACUUUCUAUCCUGGAAAAGUAACACAACCCUUCUGGACUGGGUUGCUUUGCUAAGUCCAUAGGGAUUGCAUUCCACAUAUGGCAGGUCUCCAGUCUAAUGCCUUGAAAAUCUGUUUCCCUUAUCCCGUUUCUUUAUCCUUAGGCUUGCAUGCGUCAUGCUCCACUAUUAUGCACCCUUCUUUUGCAGGACAACCCUAAGUAAUGUUACACCAUUGAAGUCAGUGGGUUGUGAAGGGUGAAAAUCUGCUUGGCACUGUUAAUGAGCACGAUCAUUUUUAGCAGCGUCCAGAUCUUUGGACGUAUUUGUGAAGGCAUAAACAAGAGCCCAGUCACCGUUUCUACAUUUUAAACUUUCCUUAUAAAAAUGCUUUGUUCUUUUUUUAAAAAAACGUUUUUUUUAUUUUACACCAAAGAGAAGGAAAUAAAAAAUAUAAAUAACAUGGUGACAAGCCUAUAGAUGAGCAUAUAUAAAAUAUUUCCAAAUAUCUAAAAAUAUGUCCAUGCACAAUUAUAAUUUAUGUGCCAUACAGUCAAACAUUGAUAAGGUUCUAAGGUCUUCAAUUCAUUGGAUUACUGGAGGUGGGCAUUUAUCUCUCUAGUGUUUUAUCAUAAGCCUUCUAACAACAUUUUCGUUGAUCAUCAGCUAGUCUCCAGGAUCCAGGCAAAUAGUUUCAAUCAUCCUCAAAAAUCAAUGAAUACUAUAAUACAAAACUGAUGAGAGCAAUUACUGCCUCCCCAAAAGAUCAAACAACUGGACAGGCCCAGAGCGUCUUUUACAAGACACAUCUGGUAAGUUGCAGCACAAGCAAGUAGACACUUUACCUUUGUUGUUGUUCAGUCGCACAGUCGAGUCC